AUGCCGCUCUUUGUGGUCGUUGCAAUUGUGUGGAUUGCCGUGCCGCCGACCACAGUGACAGCGUCGACGAAAGCUUCAUCAAUGCCAGCUGGAGCCCAGACAACGUUGUACGGCAGUUAUGGCGAGAGCAUGGCGCGGGAGCACGAUAAUCGUUGGCUGCCAACGGGGGAGAAGGAGGCGAUGUCGUCCAUGUUGCAGCGCUACGGCUUGCGGUACGAUGCGGCAGAGGGGGAGCGACGCAGCUAUAGAAGCGAUUCGUCUAGUUUGGGCGGACACGGCCAGGGCGGUUUGGGAGCUGUGCUUAAUGGGCUCACAAAUCUCUCGGGCCUGGGACACAUUAGCAACGGCUAUGCCUCAGUGGCGCCCACGCACACCGAAGCCUUGGCAGCCGCCUCGUCAAAACAAGAGAUACCAAUUUAUGAAGAGCAGCAUGAGGAUGCGGCCGUUGCGGCACUGGCGGCAACAGCCAGCGAUUACGGCGAUACAGAGGCAGGUCGAAGCGGCCAGCACUCAGCGAUUUACAAUUUUCCAGCUGCUGGCGCUGAGCAUGCGGCUGGCUAUCUGCCGGCUUUCAGUGGAGCAGAGCAGGCCGCGUGGACGCCCUCAUCGGCGCCGCAAUACCAGCAGACACAGGAGGCGGGCGGCAGCCAUUACGCCUACGACAAAAUGUCGGUGGGAAAUUUUCUAAAUUCUGGCUACGAAGCAUUCCAGCAGCAUCAUGCCGAGGAGCAGCAGCAUCAGCAGCAGCAGCAGCACCAGCAGCACCAGCAGCAGCAACAACUAUUGGAGCACGCGUCCUAUUUCACACCUCACGAGAACGAGAACGGGCCAUCAGCCGGAUCGGACUCAGCAGGCAGCGGACCCAGCGAUUACGAGCAGCAAUCAGAGGGAGAUGAGCACGGCAGCAAUUUCCUAGCCGAGUCAAGUGCUCACGAAGACAGUCACGGCCAGUCGCAUCAUCAUCACCACGUGGACAUCAUCAACUAUGUGCCCGUGAAGCACGUCAAGACACAGCAUGUGCCCGUCGAGAAGCCUGUCAAAAUUCCGAUCUCUCAUGCUGUCAUCAUACCGAUCAAGAAGCCCGUUCCCAUACACAUACCCAUCACCAAGCAGGUGCAGGUCGCCGUGGAGAAGGAGCUCAAGGUGCCGGUGGAGCGGCUGGUGCCAGUGCCCGUGGAGAAGCACAUACCCGUGCCCGUCGAGAAGCGUGUGCCCUACACGGUCAUCAAGUAUUUGCCCAUCAAGGUGCCCAAGCCCUUUCCGGUCAAGGUGCCCGUGUUCAAGACGGUGCUGCAUAAGGUCAAGAGCUGGUGGUAAUACCCGUUUCCCGUUACUCCAAGCACACAAUUAUAUAAUAAUUGCGUUACUCAUACGACCCGUGCUGCGAGGCAAACACUGUCAUG